AUGCAACACAUUCUGACCUACCUACCCAACCCCCAGUCCGGCAUUCAAAUCCCUGAACCCCCUUGGACACAAAGGAAUCCAGCCUAUGGGUUUUCGGAGGUUAUGGGUUGGAGGGGCUGGGAAAAAAGGAAGCUUGAUCUGGGGAGGAGGGGGAUUUCAGAGAAUUUGGUGAUCAUGAAAAAUGCCGGUUUCUAUGACCAUUUUUGGGUCCAAAACCUAUGGGUUUUGCCCACCAAGGGCUAUGGGUUAUGGGUUAUCACGGACUUAUGGGUUAUGGUGUGCAAAUCCCUGCCCACCAACUUGGUGGAUCCAAAAUGGCAUGGGAUUUCAGGGGUUAUGGGUUAUCAGAAGCAUGGGUUACGAGGGUUUCAACUGUAUAUGGAAGGUUAUUCACACGCCUGGCUGCGGAUGUCGGCGCCUGCUUCAUCAUUAGUGUUUAAAGGUUCAGUUCAGUCCGGUUUUUUGCCCCGAAAACGCGCAACCGUGGACCGCAACUGGUCCAGGACCGACCCAGAUAUUGAGGGAACCGAACCGAACCACCUAGGACCGGUCUUUUGCGGUCCAUGA